AUGUCGUUCAACUUCCUCUCCACCAGCUGGCGGUCCGUGUGGCGCUUCCUACUGUUCCGACUGGUGUUGGUUGGGGGAGAAUCCCCGCCCCACGCGGAUGCUGCGGACACGGACGAGGUACUCGUCAUCCUCCUGGCGCUGAACAGCGACGGGAUCUCGCUGUCUGGAGUGACCACGCGGACGCGCGCGCGCCUGACUGACGGACUGUCCGCUGGGGUGGCCUGGCUGGUGUCGAUGGCCUGGCUGGUGUCGGUGGCAUCCGUGGUGACCCUCCUCUGCGGCCCGGCCGCCUCCCCGAUCCUCUCUGCGGCUGCCUGCGCCAGGACCUGUUCCUCGGCCCUGCCGGCCUCGUUGCUGAGCUGCUUCCAAAUCUCGAUAUCCAGCCGUGGUUUGCUCUCCGUCAAGGCCUUGACAAAAACGGACCUCCUGGAAGAGCUUGCCGAUGUCCGCGCGGGCGUCCGCCAGGCCGGCCGCAAGCUGCGCGAGCUGCGCCUCGGUGCCACGCUGGCGCUCGAGGAGCGUGUCGAGCUCGCCCCCGCGCGCGCACGGGAUGCCCUCGAGCGGGCGGGGCGACUGUUCUACCAUCUUGAGCCUCCUCUUGAGCCAGGGAGUGCCGCCCGUAGGCGAUCGACGUUUUAUCUUUAUCCUCAUCUAUGCUCCUCCGUGCCCCAGUCCCACCAUGGGGCCGGAGUGGGCGGCACGGACAAGCAUCCUGCCCCACGUGCUGAGCUUCGCGAAGGAACGAUGCACAAUGCAGAACGCAUCGGCAACCGCGGGAGGGGGUGA